GUGGGUACCGAUAAUAACGUUGUCAAGUAGUUUCAUCGCACUCACAUUAUCAAACUCGUGAUCGGGCUUUAGGUUACCUGAGUUCACAUGUGUAUGUUCGUGUAGGAGUGUGUGUAUAAAUGUGUGUCUGUCUCUGUGUAAGUGUGUGUUUGUGUGUGUAUAUGUGUGUGUGCGUGCGUGUGUGUGCAUGUGUGUGUGUGUGAUGGCGUCCCGUCGCGACUUUUCUUCUCCUUUAAAUCCAACUUUCGCCCGGUAAACAAAUAAGCACAUUGUUUUUUUGGUUUGUUAAUACAAUCUAGUGCUUAUCUUUAUCAAUCGGAUUACCGAUAGAAGUGUGCUGCGCAACAGCUUCUUCUUUCCAGGGUACUUCGCCCUUUUUUUCUUCUUUCCUCCUCCAUUCUCUGCCCCAGCGGACACCCUAUGGGAGGGACUACGUCGUGCCACACGGAUGACCUCUUCAUUGAGAAAAGGCUUUAAACCCGAGUGUAGACGCGCACGGUGUCUCUUCGCGGAGUAUCUGCGUGCGCGGCGGGGCUCCACCUGAAAAGCAGCUGGCACUUGCGACAACAUUGCCAUGGCCAGCCCAGGUGUGAUCGAGCCGGCGGCCCAAAGCUCGACAGCCCAACCCCUGUCCAGAAGGCGCUUUUCUCAUGACAUCCACGGCAUUUCUCCAGACGAGAUAGACAGCCUCAUGUCCAGCAGUGAGGGUCGCCCUUUCCUUGUGGUGCAUCAUCUUUCUGAAGUAAAAGAUGAGGGUAUACCUUUCUUAAUACCUGGCAUACCUAUUACAUGCAGAGUGGACAACACGGAGAAACACACUACUCGCUCAAAGGUCCAUGUAGGCACCCUGUAUACAGUGCAGCUAACACAUGGCCACUUCCAUUGGUCUGUGAAGAGGAAGUACAAGCACUUCCAAGAGCUGCAUCGAGACCUUUACAAGCACAAGAUGAUGCUUCACUUGCUGCCUCUGGGAAGAUUUUUAAAGGACAGGCAGCAGCUGAGAGCCAUGUCAGAAGAGAUGCCGAGCCUACAGGGAACUGAACGGACCAGGAGGACCUCCAGCAAAAUGAAAUACCUUGAGGAGUACCUGAAUGGCCUGCUGGAGAACUCAUUUUGUAGGAGUGAUCACAGCAUGCUGGAAUUCCUCUCCGUUGGGGCUCUCUCCUUUGUGACUGACCUCGGACCGAAAGGCUUGGAGGGACCCAUCUUCAAGAGGUCGGGGGGCCACCGGAUCCAAGGCCUGAACUGCAUCGGCCAUCAUCAACUCUGUUUCCGCUGGUCUCGGCGCUGGCUGGUGGUGAAAGACUCCUUCCUGAUGUAUAUGAACCGAGACAACGGCAGCAUCGACUUUGUGUUGCUGCUUGACCCAGAGUUCAAAGUGAAAGUGGGCCGUUCUUACACGGACACCAAAUAUGGAGUCUGCAUUGAGAACUUCACUCGAAGUCUAAUCAUCAGAUGCAGCAGCUAUCGACAGACUCAUUGGUGGAGUCACGAAAUCAACCGGCUAACAGAAUCCAGCGACUUUCUUAAAGUGCAACGCUUCGAAGGGUUCGCUCCGCCCAGAGAGAACACGCUCACUAAAUGGUAUGUGAACGGAAGCGGCUACUUUGCAGACCUGGCUGAUGCUCUUGAACAAGCCAAGGAGGAAAUCUUCAUCACAGAUUGGUGGCUCAGCCCUGAAGUGUUCCUAAAGAGACCAGCGACUGAUAACUACUGGCGCCUGGAUGAGAUACUCAAACGCAAAGCUGAACAAGGGGUCAAAGUGUGUGUUCUGCUGUACAAAGAGAUGGAGAUGGCCCUUGGCAUUAAUAGUGAGCACAGCAAGAGGACUCUUAUGGACAUGCACCCAAACAUUAAGGUGAUGCGGCAUCCUGACCAUGUGGCCUCUGUGAUAUUCAUGUGGGCUCACCAUGAAAAGACCGUGGCUAUUGACCAAACCGUAGCCUUUGUGGGGGGAAUUGACCUGGCGUUUGGGAGGUGGGAUGACAGCCUGUACCGGCUAACUGACCUGGGUCUGUCACAGACAGACAACCCCACAGCAGAUGCAGUAGAUGAUGGUGUGUCCGGUGGUCCAAAACCAACAGAACCAGAGAAGCAAGAAAAGCAGCACCUUGAUGACCUGACUGGUAACACUAAACUGUGGCUCGGCAAAGACUACAGUAACUUUAUCAGGAGAGACUGGGUCCAACUGGACAAACCAUUUGAAGACAACAUUGACCGCACUCAGGUUCCCCGCAUGCCGUGGCGUGAUCUGUCGGCAGCUGUUCAUGGGAAAGCGGCCAGGGAUGUAGCUCGCCACUUCAUCCAGCGCUGGAACUUCACCAAGAUCUUCAAAAACAAGUACAAGGACGGGUUCUACCCUUACCUUCUUCCCAAGUCUCACUGCACGGCUGACUCGCUUUCGUUCACGGUGCCUGGAUCCAGCAAGGCCAAAGUGCAGGUGUUGCGUUCUGCCGACCGCUGGUCGACUGGAACCAAUGAGAACUCGAUCCUCAACGCCUACAUCCACACCAUUGAGAACAGCGAGCACUACAUCUACAUCGAGAACCAGUUCUUCAUCAGCUGUGCCGAUGAUGGGAAGACCAUCUAUAAUGGGAUCGGGGAUGCUAUUGUGAAUCGAAUUUUGCGUGCACACAGAGAGAAGAAGAAGUACAGGGUGUUUGUGGUGGUUCCUUUGCUUCCCGGCUUUGAGGGGGACAUCAGUUUAGGAGGUGGAAAUGCCAUCCAAGCUAUUCUGCACUUCACUUACAGGACCAUGUGCCGAGGGGAGCACUCUAUUCUCUCAAGACUUACGGAAGUCGAGGACCUGUGGACGGAGUACAUCACGCUCUGCGGCCUGAGGAAACAUGCCCCGCUCUCCCAGUCGCUUGUCACAGAGCUCAUCUACGUUCACAGCAAGACUCUCAUUGCUGAUGACCGCUGCUAUAUCAUUGGAUCAGCCAACAUCAAUGACCGCAGCAUGCUGGGCAACAGAGAUAGUGAGAUGGCAGUGUUUGUGGAAGAUGAAGACCGGGUCCUCUCCCUCAUGGGAGGGCAGGAGUACCAGGCAGGACCCCUCACGCUCGCUCUGCGUAAAGAGUGUUUCAGCGUUCUUGUUGGCGCUUCUUCCGACCCAAGCGUCAAUGUUGAUGAUCCAAUCAGCGAUGAAUUCUUCUUCUUGGGCUGGAACGCAUCUGCUAAACAGAAUGUCAACAUUUACGAAAAGGUCUUCAAAUGCCUCCCCACCAACUCUGUCCACAACAUGCGACAGCUGAAGGAAUACGCCAGCGAGGAACGCCUCUGCGACACAGACCCGGAGCAGGCCAAAAAGGAGCUGAAGGCCGUCCGGGGGUUGCUCGUCCAUUUCCCGUUGAAGUUCCUGUGUGAGGAGAACCUGCUCCCUCCACUAAGCACUAAAGAAGGCAUGGCUCCGGUGGGACUGUGGACAUAACCGCAGCCCAGCUCAGAUCAGACCACUACGCAACAGCCGAGGUGCUGCUGCACCACACGCUCCUCCUUGUAAGAUCUCUUAUGUUGAGGCAAGUCGUUCUCAUAAUGUAGAAACGUAGAUUUGUAUCAUGACUUAGAAGAGCAGCUUGACCUGAACCGGUCCGUUUUAAUGGUCUUGUCUGCGGCAUAUUUUGUGCGACACUGCAAUCUGAACUGCAGGGCUGUCGGUGGGGGAAGACACACAUAAAUGAAUGUAUGAGUCAAGAGAGGAUUGCGAGGUUGUAUUGGAUAUCGAGCAUCCCACAUAAUCUGGGAACAUAGUGUACAUUUAUUGGUGCAAGGUUUUUUUGGGUGGGUGGGUGUCUCUGUGUCUCUCUCUCGUUCGCCCUCCCUCUCUCCCUCCGAGGCUUCACCUCUUACUGCAGUGCCAGCCGAUCUGUCAGAACAUUUGUGGUUGUUAUGGUGACGGAUAUAAAGAGAUCACUGGAUUGUAGCUGAAAUAUAAACUGGAAAAGGGCAGAAAAGGAAGAGUACUGAUAAGAGGGAGAACGUACUACAUCCGGAUGGAGUACUAGAAAAAAAGACGAUAAAAUGUUAAAACAGGACUGAUCAUGGCCAUGGCAGGCAAAUCAUUUCGAUAUUUUUGGAUGAAUGAUCAGGUGGGAAAACUGUUUGAGGGAAAGAAAAUUAGGACAAGAUAAUUAAAGGUUGCGGGGUUGAUUUACCACUAAUUAUUGCUUUUUCUUUUAAGUCACCAUGACAACCACACUGAAUGAUUAUUACAUCAUGUUGUCAGCAGAACAGAACAAAACAUUCCAGUAUCCACUUCAGCUAUUUCCAUGCCGGCUCCUCAAUUCUGUGUCCAGGUGCCAUAAAAUGUCUCACAUAUUUAGCCUUUUUAUAAAUUGACAUGCAGCAGGCUUUUAUUAGCCAUUAUAUUUUAAGGUGUGUGACAUGGCUCACAGUCUUGCCACGUUUAUCAUUAAUGGCAAAGCUUCUGUAUCAUAUCAAGGUUUUAAAGAACGACCAGCAGACAAAAAGCAGAAUGUGACUCUUUUGUGUUUUUUCAAACUGAGAAACCCUGCUCCAGGUAUUUUAACGAGGUAUGUAUGUUAAUUUGGAAUAAUGGUUUGAUGUGCAGGGCAUUACCUAAUCCAGUUCAUGAUCUAAAUGGCUGAACCUACGACAGAGCCAGUAAAAAACAGAGGUUGCUUUUUUGUCAUCAAAUACGAAAGUGGUUUGAUUAAACUUAUUUUUCUACUUCUUGUCAUGGGUUGUACAAAGCACAGCAAACAGAGAAAUGUAGCCGCUGCAUUUAACCCAUCCUAGUAUUAUGGGCAGUGGACAGUUAGAAUACAGACCGGGGAGAACCUUUGGAGCUCUGUGCCUUGCUCAUGGAGCACAAGAGGCAGACCGGCACCUCUCCAGUAUCAGUCCACACUCCACACUUGGCCUGUUCAAGGACCUCAACAUGCAACCCUCCUUUUCCUAGGCCUAGUCCCUACUGCCACUCCAGAGCCAAUGCAUCUGUGAAUCCAACAUAUGACAUGUGUUGCACAUGAAUGCUGGCUUGUCCCUUGCUAUGGUGCCUUUUACAGAGGAUAUUAACAGACACUUUGAGCUCUUGCACACUAGAAGCUGGGUAUUUUGCUGUUUUGUAGAGCACAAAAUGGUUGCCUGAAGGGUAUAGCUACUUUGUUUAGAGAUUUUGCCCAAGAUGUCUGUUACAUACUGAGAAUUGACGGUAUACUGUUUCUACCAUGAUUUUGGUUUUAAUGGACUAAUAGCCAGCACUAUAUCUAAUAUAUUUAACAUUUUUAUGCAUAUACUACUAACAGAGACUUGUGUUUUUCGAUAAGUCACCAUGUGAAAAUCUUUGUGGAAGAAUACCAAGAAUACCUAGUUGUCUUGGUCAUUAACUUGAGUUGCUGAUGUAUAGCCUACUAACAGUGAGGGGUAGAGAUAAUAAAUAUGAAAUUACUUAAAAACUAAUUAGAAACUAAUUUGAAAAUGUAAGGUUUCAAGGAAAUGUAUUGUCACUGUGCAACACAGUUGUCCUUGAUGGAAAACAGGAACCAGGAAAAUGGUAUCUAUAUUACUGUAAAUUCCAGUAAAAUCCUUUGUUUUCUGUAUUCUAGUAGUGCAAAACUGAGUGUUCAUAGAAAUGGAAAAUGUAAUGCACUAUUCAAAAUAAAACCUUAUUAAAGUGCAUAUUCUAUUAAAAUCUUUAAUAAAUUUCCCUGCCAGA